UCAGUUGGCCCUCGAAGAUUCGCAUGACAAGAUAACCAUACCAUCCAUGUCUUGACGUUGGGACUAUCAACCGGAUAUUCAAAGCAAGGCCCUGAACGAAUAACUUGGCAGUGUUGGCACUGAGGUACGCAUUCUCUGCAGAGUGAAAACGGCUCACUAACGGCCCACGACUAUUUUUCAAACUCCGCACUGCGGGCCGCUUUCCCGAUCCUGGUUUCCUGAGUCUGGCAACUUACCAACUCCUCGUCAUGAAAGAUGCAAGUACACGAAUAUUGGACCAUCUAGUCCAUUUGACGCCUCCAGGGACUGUUCAGCAGGCUUCGGAUUCGUUCAAGUCCCUAGGAUUCAAAGUCCUCGAAGGAGGAACUCAUGCUGAUGGUCUCACCUCCAAUGUUUUGGUUGUAAUGGCCGACGGUGUAUAUCUAGAGCUAAUCGCCUUCACUCAUGCGGCAUCAUGGUAUCCUCUAGGCUCUGAUGAACGUCACCGACGUGAAUCGCACCGUUGGGCAACGAAACAGCCCGGAUGGAUUGACUUCGCCUUUCUCGGGAAUGGAUCAAAGACAACUCGAAUAUCAGAUAUCAUCAACGCGUGCGCGAGGCUAGAAGGCAGCGGAACCAUAUACCAAUCUGAAGUCGAGGUUGGUCGUAUACGCCCUGAUGGCGUAGAACUGAAAGGGCUUAUCACAUCACCUGCCGAAGAGGGUGUACUUCCGUUCUUUUGUGGGGACUUGAUGCCGCGAGAAUUACGGGUCCCGUUGCAACCUCCCUCUAACGUAGUGCAUCGGUGUACGGCUUCGGGGAUUGCUCAUAUUCGAGUCCUUGCCGAAAAUCGAUCAAUACAACAUCUGUCUCAGCAGUUCACAAGUGUCAUCGGCGAACGACCAGUGCUAUCUUCAUCACAAUCGUUCAAAUGGAGCGUCCAGCCAUCGGCAAUGGCAUCAUCGAAACGGACCUGCGAGCUAAUUCUGAGCGUACCCGUCAGCGAGGAGGAACACGCUUUUGUAGGCGAUAAAGAACAUCGCAUAUAUGAAAUCGGUUUCUGGGUGGAGGAAAGACAGCUACCCGGAAGUGUCGUGGCGCCUUACGGUAGAAUUACCUGGGUUAACGCUGAUUGAGGAGGCGCUGUAGGAAGUAUACUAUCCUCGCCCAUCGGCAUUCAAUCGCUACUCUCCUUCUUUGCGUGGUUUCCAAUCCAU